AUGGAAACGUGCCAAAAUGAGAUGAACAGUUUAUCUGAAACUAUGGUGGACUUGAUGUUCGGGUCACUCGGCUUAACCCAAGAAGAUACUAAAUAUGUUAAGCCCAAAAAAGGGUGGAAGAAUCCACAUGGUCCACUUCAGUUGAACUCAUACCCAGUUUGUCCGGAUCCGACAAAAGCCAUUGGCUUGGCUGCUCACACGGACACAUCAUUGCUCACUUUACUAUACCAAAGCAACAGUACUAUUGGCCUCCAAGUCUACAAGGAAGGGAUGGGGUGGGUGUCAGUGCAUCCACUCAAAUAUGCACUCAUUGUCAAUAUUGGAGAUUUGAUGCAAAUUUUGUCUAAUGGACGUUUUAAGAGUGUGCUUCAUCGUGCCGUUGUGAACAAGACACAUCAUCGAAUUUCAAUGGCAAACUUCUAUGGCCCACCAAAAGAUGUGACGAUAUCACCAUUUAUUCAACUCACUGAUCUUCAUCAUCCGCCUCUAUAUCGUUCAGUGACAUGGAACGAAUAUCUUGAUAUUAAGGCAACCCACUUUAAUAUGGCACUUGAGUUUAUCAAGAAUGAUGUUGUUUAG